AGUAUUCUAGCCUAUCUAGCACCAAGUGAUCAAAACGUGCUGAACGUUUGGGUUUAUCCUCGUGGGAGUGAGUUGAAGCGUAUAAUGACUAGAGAUACUCAUCGUGGUAUUCGAUUUUUUCAAUGGUCAGAAGAUUCAAGGAGUAUUUUGUAUUUAUAGGAUAAGGAUGGCGAUGAAAACUUUCACUUAUGGGCAGUUGAUAUUACUGAGGAAGGCUGUCCAAGUAUAGACCUAACUCCUUUUGAAAAUGUCAAGGUGGAGGGACUGAUGUCUUCCCCCAAGAGACCUAAUGAGCUUCUCAUUGGAAUGAAUCAACGAGACUCGUCUUGUUUUGAUGUUCAUCGUAUUUUUCUAGAUUCACGAGAGAUACGUUUUGAUACUGAAAAUCCUGGAGAUGUUGUAUCAUGGACGUUGGAUGAAAGUACCAUGACAGUAUUGGGAGCUACUACUACCCAUCCAGAAGAUGGAAGUGCCAUUCUUCGUAUUCGUGAUAGUCUAGAGGUACCUUGGAGAGACCUGAAAUACUUUCCAUAUGGUGAGGAAGGAGAUAUUAGUGCAGACCAUGAGCAUGUAUAUCUUCGAAGCUUUUUAGAAGCAGACAAGACACAACUAGUUUUAGCUAAGCGUUCCAACGGGGCCAUUGUUCAAACGUUGGCUUUUUCUCAUCAAGCCAACGUUGGUCGUGUUCUAUUGCAUCCUGAUGAUAAACGACUUCAAGCCGUUUCUUUUACAUUUGCCCGAAAGGAAUGGAAUUUUUUUGAUGAAUCCAUGAAAGAAGACUUUCUUUUUAUAGAACAAAAGUUUGGUGACGUUGAUUUGGACUUUACAAGUCGUGACCAUGCAGACUCUAUAUGGGUUUUAUCAGUAAUUCGUGACAGUCGUUCUGUUCAAUAUAUUAUGUUUGAUAGAAGAUCAAGAACGAUAACACCUUUAUUCCAUGAACGUCCCGAACUUGAUGAAUAUAUAUUGAGUAAGAUGGAGUCCAUUAUUGUAAGUGCAAGAGAUGGAAUGCAGUUGCAGUGUUAUUUAACAAGACCUGUCUAUGGAACUGCACCAUUUGCUCUUGUUCUCUUUGUACAUGGUGGUCCUUGGGCAAGAGACUAUUGGGGUUUCAAUCCCAUGUCACAAUGGUUUAGCAAUAGAGGAUAUGCUUGUCUUCAAGUCAACUAUCGUGGUUCUUCAGGUUUCGGUAAAAGUUAUUUGAAUGCAGGAGAUAAACAAUGGGGCAUUGGCAAUAUGCAAAAUGAUUUAACGGAUGCUGUCAAAUGGGCUAUAGAAAAUAACAUUAUUACAGUUUGGAAUCAAGUGGCUAUUUAUGGUGGUUCUUAUGGUGGAUAUGCUACAUUGGCAGGUCUUGUGUUUACUCCAGAACUAUAUUGUUGUGGAGUUGAUAUCGUUGGACCCUCCAACUUGAAAACCUUGAUAGACAGUGUUCCUGAUUACUGGAAGCCUAUGAAGAAGGAAUUGUUAUUGAGAAUAGGGCCUGUAGAUACAGAUGAGGAAUUCAAUCGAAAAAUAUCUCCUUUGUUUCAUGUGGAGAACAUCAAGGCACCACUUUUAAUAGGACAAGGAGCAAACGAUCCUAGAGUGAAGCAGCGCGAAAGUGAUCAAAUAGUAAAGGCAAUGUUGGAAAGGAAUAUACCUGUUGAAUAUGUGCUGUAUCCCGAUGAAGGACACGGUUUUGCUAGACCACCUAAUCGAUUAGACUUUUUAGGAAGAGCAGAAAUAUUUUUGUCCAAAUAUAUUGGAGGUCGCUGUGAACCAUAUGAAAAAGUUGCCGAGAGUACCGCUUGUUUACCUAUUCAAGAGGGUCUUCUUAAAUAAUGGGGUUUGUGGACUUAAUAAAGUUACUUUUAGUGUUUGUUAGGAUUCGUUUUGACUCGAGUCUAAAAAACUGCAUUUUGAGAGAAAGAGUAGUUGGAUUCCAUUCUGGACCAAGUGAGCUGUUUUUGUACAUAAAGAAGAGCCAGUGUUG